AUGUCCAUGAUCACAACGUCUACCUGGGUGCCCCGAGGCUUCGCGGCACCCUUCCCCGCCAAAUACACAUUCGACGAGGCAGAGUUCGAGCGCAUAGCAGAACUCGCCAAGUUGCAGCUGGACGAUGCCGAGGAGGACCUUAAGGAAGCACAAGAGGAGGAGAACGCUGCAGCAUCUGCGAAGGACGCUGCUCCGGCUGACAAGGAAACGAUCGACAUCAACGACGAGGACCUGAAGGAGUACAAUCUUGAAAACUACGACGACACCGACGAGGAUGACGACGAGGAGAAGGUCGGCCAGGGUGAGGGCAUGGCCAUGUUUGGCAACGUCAAGUCGCUUGCCUACUACGAAUCCAACAAGGAGGACCCGUACAUCACCCUGAACGAUGGCGGCGACGACGAUGACGAGGACCGUGAGGACCUCCAGAUCCUCGCGACCGACAACCUGCUGCUCGCGGCCAAGGUCGAGGACGAGAUGGCGCACCUCGAGGUCUAUGUCUACGAGGACGCCGCCGACAACCUCUACGUUCACCACGACAUCAUGCUCCCCGCGAUACCCCUCUGCGUCGAGUGGCUCGAUAUUCCCGUGCAAAAAGCUGGCAUCGACAAGGACUCAACCGCCAACUUUGUCGCCGUCGGAACCAUGGACCCCGACAUUGAGGUCUGGGAUCUUGAUACGGUGGACUGCAUGUACCCCAACGCCAUCCUGGGACAGGCCGGAGAGGGUUCCGAGGAGAAGAAGAAGAAGAAGAAGAAGAAGGCCAAGGCCAACGAUGAGUACCACGUGGAUGCCGUCCUGGCCCUCGCCGCCAACAGGAAGCACAGAAACCUCCUGGCGUCCGCCUCGGCCGACAAGACGGUCAAGCUUUGGGAUUUGCACACGGCUAAGUGCGCCAAGUCGUACGCCUACCACACUGACAAGGUCUGCUCUCUGGCAUGGCACUCCGUCGAGUCUACCGUUCUGCUGAGCGGUAGCUACGACAGAACAGUCGUCGCCGCCGAUAUGAGAGCUCCUGACGCCAAGGUGCCCAGAUGGGGUGUCGAAAGCGAUGUCGAGAACAUCAAGUGGGACCCCCAUGACGCAAACUACUUCUACGUCUCUACGGAGAACGGUAUCAUUCACUACCACGACGUCCGUAAUGCGCCAGCAACCCCCGAGGCAACUAAGGCCAUCUGGACCCUGCAGGCACACGAUGAGUCGGUCUCUUCCUUCGACAUCAACCCUGUGGUGCCUGGUUUCAUGGCCACCGGAUCAACCGACAAGACCGUGAAGCUGUGGAACAUUCAGCCUUCGGGACCGUCCAUGGUGGUAUCCCGCAAUCUAGAUGUUGGCAAGGUGUUCUCGACACAGUUUGCUCCGGAUCCCGAGGUGGCUUUCAGACUUGCCGUUGCUGGCAGCCGCGGUACCAUGCACGUGUGGGACACCAGCACCAACGCUGGCGUGCGCCAUGCCUUCGCCGAGCGUGUUCCCCAGAAGCCAGAGGGCGCCGAAGAGGACAGGCUGGUGGGUGUCGCGGAAGACGACAGCAGUGACAGCGAGGACGAGGGAGAUGAUGAGGACGGUGAGAAGGAUGGCGAUUCAAUGGAUGAGGAUGAGGAUUAG